AGCCGGCAGCGACACUCUGAGCGUGAACCAGCUGCACUAGGGUCACGAUGAUUCAAUUAAAGACGAUGCUGAAUUGCAUCGACAACUCCGGAGCCGCACUUGUCGAGUGCGUCAACGUGUUGAAGAAGAAGCGCCCUGCCACUAUCGGUGACCGUAUUGUCGUCGUGGUACAGAAACAGCGCAGCUUUGGACCUUCCGACUCGUCGGGCAGCGGGAUUGCGAACAAAGUCCGUCGCGGCGAUAUCCGGCACGCUGUUGUCGUUCGGGUCAAGAAAGAGAUGCAGCGGGCAGAUGGGAGCUUGGUGAAGUUCGAAGAUAAUGCCUGCGUGUUGGUGCACAAGUCCGGGGACCCGAUCGGGACACGAUUGAACGGAGUCGUUGGUGCAGAGCUACGGGGGAAGCGAUGGUCGAAAAUCUUGUCUUUGGCGCCUAUGCAUGUAUAAUACCAGUUUUAAAGCGAAUUCAUCUGUACUCUAGAUCUUCGAUAUCGCGCUAUGAUAUGAAACGGAAACAUAAAAUAAGUAAAACAAAGGAAAAAUCAAAUCCGCUAGACAGAGCUAGACAUAUCCUCAAACUCCAGAACUAUACGCCGGGAAAACAAUAGAAAAAUGCAGUUGAAAUGGGGUAUCGGAGGUCCAUGCCGAAACAUAAGAGGGUAUCACGUAAAGACAUUACCGCAGGCGCAGCAGACAAAGUAGAGUUUCUAAUCGCCAGAAAAGCAGUCAGUCACGCGUUUUAACUUGCAAAUGUAGCAACGGCAGGAGUCGUCUUACCAUUCCGGUUUCGGCAGAUCGUUGCUGGGACUGGAAAAAC